AUGGCAAUGCGACGUCACACGGCGAGCGCACCAGAUGGAUGGGAGGCGACGACGGUUCCCAGACGACGAAUGACGUCGUCGUUGCUUUUCCCCACCCUACGACGUGACCCACGACACGAGAGCCACCCCGCAUCCGCGAACAACGACCCGCCACCCCCAAAUGACGUCCAGAAACCACAAACGACACCCACCGCCCACGACGACACGCACCACCCACGAAAAAGCCCCACCAACCACGAUUCAGCCCCCACCUUGGCAGAACGAAAGUUUCAGCGGAAAUCGCAACAAGGGUCCAGCUCCAACGGCUUGCACGUUCGAAAGGCCCACCUUUUCAAAUGGGACCUCAACAUGCCAGCCACUAGCGCUCAGCCAAGUCAGAGUUCGACGACCGUUGCUUAUGGGAUACCAACCCCCCAGACGCCGUUGAGUCUGCCGGACAUGGAUGUCACAAUGGAGACUGAGGCGCACAUGGAUAGGGGAGGAUAUGCUGCUUGGGAUAACCUUUUCCGUUAUACAGUUUCCUGUGCAGGAUCCAAGCAGGAUCUGUCAUUACCUAAGGAAAUCUCAUCAGCGGAGGCGCUGCCCGUUUUAUGUGCAACCUUCCUCAAGAUAGAUCAAAGUCUCAUCGAAUCCAUAAUUACCCAUCAACUCUUGGCCCGGGACUUGCACAAACUGCAACCGCAGAACACAUCGGAAGAAGAACUGAGAGAAGCCUCAUUGUACAAGAACUCUGGCGCGGUUCUUCACCCCCUUCACGUCUACUUUGCCAUAAUGAGUGAAUAUCUCAACCAUUCUGCGAUCACUCUUGUUUUCUUCCGUUACCUCAACCACCUGCGGGAUCUUAUCAAUGUUUACGAAUGGCCGAGAGUCCUUGAAUAUCACCAAUCAUAUUUCGAUCAUCGAAUAUUUGAUAUGCGCAUACGGGGAGACUACGGGUCUUGGGGCCUGCCAGAUUGUAAGCUGAUGAACCAGUUAAGCUUCACCUACCAUUCCACGUCGACUCCUGAAAUUACUGUUCCGACUCAACAAUUGAAAGUGCUGGGUUACCGAGAGGAGCCCCUACUGCCCAUAACAUUUUAUUUGAGACGGAUGACGGAUCCAUUUGGUGACUACGCAGAAUUCAAAGAUAUACAUCGUGUCUGGAGAGUGAAGCACACCAUCUACGAUCAGCUUUUACUUCUCGACCUCCCUUCCCCCUUUGAAGACUAUCAUUGCGAGCACUUCGGGUGCUUCCCACAGAUCUUUGACGGUACCAAUUUAGUUAAAGGAAACUCUGAUAGGGGUGGAGUACCUCUAGAAAAGGUCACAAAACUUCUCUCCUAUCAGGCUGGUAAAAUUCCAUUUCUCAAUCUCGUCGCUUACCAAGAUUUUGAGAUUUCGAAGAAAGAUGCGAAGAAAAGAAGCAAGCUAACGCAAGUAGCACAAGGUGAUGACUAG